AUGAUCUAUAACGGAUUUCAAGCUCGCAUUCUAGAUGUGAAUCAUGAACCAUUGGCAGAGGUGAUGCCAGAGCCAGGAUUCGAUAAAGAAGAGGCAGAAAAACGUAAGCAAGAACGUAGAGGUUCAAGUUUAGAACAAUACACAGCCUUAUUCGGUCAAAAAGUAGUGAAAGAUUAUAAACCCAUUCUACGCAAAGAAGCAUUGCAAAACGUACGUUGUGGAGCGGUUCGAGUAAAAGUUGAUGAUGACAAUUCAACGAGAGGAGCAGAGAGUGAUGAAGAAAGCAUUCGAGAGCAGCAUCAAAGCUCCUCUCGGAAAGUGUGUACCACUCGAUUAUUCUUGGCCUUCCGCUGGGUUGGAACGGAUCACAGGAACGCAACUCGAGCACAUGAAUUGGAAGAAUUGCAUCAUACCAUCUUGCCAAUCUUGCACGGUAAAGGACUACAAGAAGAAGGACAAUCAAAGACACUUUUAGCAAAAUAUGAUGAAUCAACGGCACCAAAGGAGGAUAUCCCGGAUAAGAAAUCGGACCGGAAGAAGUAUAGACUCUUUGGACGAUUAAAGCUAGGAGAAAAAGGUAGAGAGAUUGAAAAGGCAGUUUUGAUAAAAGGCCAACCUUUGCCGCGGUACAGGACAUUCUCGUUGAAAAGCAAAAAGAGUAUGCAAGAAUCACAUCCCUUCUUACUACAACUUUGCGUUGAUGAGAAAGUGAUCCCUUUGCGUAAAAAUGCUUGGACGGCGGAUCUUUGCGAAAAUGAUGGCGUUAUGAUCGUUUGGCUUUCAGAAGGUGCAAUGAUUGAUCUCGGAAGGAUCUCUAUCUCCUUGAAUGAUUUGAAAGACAUACAAAGCAAGACUGUUCAAUCCGUCACUCUUCAUCUUUGGGAUGCAAUGCGUAAAGAACUUUGGAGUAAUGCAGUCACAUUUACCAUGACUGGAAAUUCAGGUCUAGUAUAUCCAACAUGCGACAUUCGCAACAUUUCUCCGCCUAACGCCAUUCUGCACUUCAACAUCAUCGCUUUUAAGAAUAUGAACAAUGUUGGUGACCAAGCCCCAGCACAGAUUAAGAGUCCAAUUGAAGAGGUCCCGAUUCCGAAUGAAGCUACAUCGCAAGAUUCGCAAGUGCAUCCGCUUGAUCAAAAUAACGGACUAUCUCGAGCAUUGGCAAUCGUGAUCGAAACUUCACAAGAACAUUCUCUAAGUUCUGCGAUUGAAGGAACGAGUGAUCACACCGUAGAAGAUGAGAUCGCCAGUGAAUCAACACCAAAGCCAAAUGAGGAGAAUGGAGCAAGCGAUGAAACCCAUUUACCAAGAGUGGGUGUGAUUCCACAGAGAAGGUCUUCGCUUGCCACUCGUUCUAGAACGAACAGUUUGCAAGCAACCGUUCAAACGCACGAUCGAUCGCAACAGCCAAUCAGUCAACUAUUUGAAGAAGUUGACCGACUGCGAUUCGAACAUGAACAUUUGAAAGAAUCACUUUCUGCACUCGAUGGACAAUGGAGAGAUUCAGUCUUGGUGGAACUGCAAAAGAUCAAAGGUGAAAUUCGUGAUCGGGUCGAAAUUGAUCGAGAUUAUUAUAAUAAGCUCAAAAAGCGCUUUUCCGUUCCACCCGAAACUUUUUCUCAGCUUAACAAGUAG